UUACGAAAAUGGAACCCACUCGAAUCGUCCACGCCCUCCUCGUCGGUUGCUUCGCCAUAUUAGCAAUUCGGAAGGGAAGGGUUCCUUCCUCUGAUUCUCCGAAUUGGCUUCCGCCGCAUGCCGAUCGUCAUCGCUUCCGUCUUCGAUUCAUAACAACAACUAUUAAAGGCAUUGGACCUUUAAGCUUUUACUAAUGGCAAGUGAAAUUAGGGGAUCGACAAGUGGGCAGCCCCAGGGCGGCCAGUCGUCUUCCUCGGGCGGUGGCAGCAAUGAUGCCGGUGAUUUUGAAUGCAAUAUUUGCUUUGAAUUAGCUCAAGACCCAGUUGUUACUCUAUGCGGCCAUCUCUUCUGUUGGCCUUGUCUGUACAGAUGGCUCCGCCUUCACUCCCAUUCUCAUGAAUGUCCGGUCUGUAAGGCCGUUAUCCAGGAGGAGAAGUUAGUUCCUCUUUAUGGCAGAGGGAAGAAUCCAACUGACCCGAGAUCAAAACCCGUUCCUGGAGUCGAUAUCCCCAGCCGCCCAGCAGGGCAAAGACCGGCGACGGCUCCUCCUCCAAAUGCUAUUAACUUCCCCAAUUUUGGCUUUGGAUUUAUGGGAGGAUUUGUGCCAAUGGCAACUGCAAGGUUUGGUAAUUUUGCCAUGUCUGCUGGUUUUGGUGGUUUGUUUCCAUCGCUGUUUAACAUACAGGUUCAUGGAUUCCCGGAUGCUACCGUGUAUGGAACAACGUCAGGAUUCCCAUUUGGGUUUCCUGGUGGGAUUCAUGGAGGCCAUGGUAGGGGAUUUAACCAGAUUCCUAGUCAAGGACGGCAUGAUGAUAAUUAUCUGAAGAUGCUUUUUUUGUUCAUUGGUGUUCUUGUUGUCAUUGCCCUUAUUUGGUCGUAAUGAUCUUGAAUGAAGACGUAAAAAUUUUCCUAGAAAUGUCAUUUUUAAUGUUUCUGUAAAUUAUGGUGAUCUAAGUGAUUGCAUUUUGUGGGUUAGCAAAUUGUCCAUAUGGUGCUUUUGUCAAGCGACAUCCUGCAAAUAGGCCUAAGUAUCUUCUUACUUUUUCAGUGGUUGUUUUGGAACCGCAUGCUGUUUUUGGAAGACCUUUUAUGUCAAACAGUGGUGAUUUCUAGAUUUUCUUAGAUAAAUAUGCACAGCUGUAGCGGCUGUCUAUCAAUGUGGAGCUUAAAGUUUUCUCA